AUGACGCCCGUAGAGAUCAUCGGUCUCGUCAGCGCCGUGAUAACGUUCAUCGACUUCGCUGCCGAGAAUGUCGCUGUCGCUCGGGAGAUCCAAAAGUCGGGCAGCGCUGCGGUGAAGGGAAACGAGGAUCUGGAGCGCCGAAUCAAGUUGUUCGACGACCAGAUUGCGAGUCUUCAUCGCACGACACCGGGAGCCACAAGAGACGUCCACGAGGCCCAGUUGCUGAAACUGUUGGACGAGUACAAGGAUCUGACGGUCAACCUGCUCUCGCUCCUCGGCGGACUCAAGUCUACCAAGAAACGACACGUUCUAUGGAAGUCCGCGAAGAACUUUCUCAGAAAGGACGAGAAAGAAAGUCUUGUUCAGGACUUGGAAAACUGUCGUACGAGGAUUCACCUUCAAUUGACGCAGGUGAUGAGACACGAUCUCGGCCGACGCCUCGACAACAUCAGCGACCAAGGGGAACAACAAAUCGCCGAGUUGAAGACUCUGAGGCAAAGCACCGAAGCCCUUGAGACCAAGAUGAAGUCAUGGGAACACAUGCCCGAUGUCUUGGAUGAAGUCCGCUCGCUUGUUGCCCAAGUCAAUGGUGCCCUGAGUCGAAAGGCGCAACGUCGAAUUCUUGAGAGUCUGUGGGUUGAGGGCAUGGUCGACAGAUUUGAGGAAGUCGAAGAAGCCCACGAAGCUACGUUCGAGUGGAUCGUUGAUCAUGAUCAACUGCUCGAAGACGAGACUCCAGAAGAGUCCGCCGCACGCCAACAGAUGGUUGACUGGUUGACUCGGGGACAUGGUAUUUUCCAUAUUACCGGGAAGCCAGGUGCGGGAAAGUCAACUCUCAUGAAAUUUCUGUGUCAAAGCCCAAAGACCCUGGAUUAUUUGAACACCUGGUCUGGAGAGAAGUCCUUGGUGAUAAGCAAUUUCUUCUUCUGGAGACUGGGUACGAAAGUGCAAAAGUCGCUAGAAGGAUUACGGCGCUCUUUGUUAUACUCGAUCCUGGAAAAACUACCUGAUCUCAUCCCAACCGUCUUGCCUGAGCUAUGGAAGUCCACUUUCGAUGAUCGAGUCAUGAAGGUUCGCGCCAACGACGUCGACACGGCCCUUGAGAGACUUCUGUCCCAGGGCAACUUCCUAUCCUCGCACAGGCUGGUCUUCUUCAUCGAUGGUCUUGACGAAUUUGAUGGGGAUCACGACAAGAUGAUGAAGCAGGGAGUGGGAGAUAUUUACACGAAGACUGGCAUCCUCUCCGAAUAUAAGACUCCAUGA